CUUAGAUCUGUAAAGGAUCAUACUCCUUAUGGGCUUACAGGAGCCAUCUUCUCGGAGGACAAGAACUUCUUAUAUCAUGCUCGCGAUGUUCUACGUGAUGCGGUAGGAAACAUGUACCUCAACGACAAGUCGACGGGUUCCGUUGUUGGACAGCAACCCUUUGGAGGAGCUCGCAUGUCAGGAACAAAUGACAAAGCAGGAGGCCCUCAUUAUGGCCUAAGCAUGGGUUACGCCGAUGGUAAAGAUUGGACUAAUGUAUCGUUCGAAGUAGGUCGACGUCAGCUUCAUGAUUGGAGAGAUACAAAUAGCAGACGCAGUGAGGAAGUCGUAGAAUUGUGGGAGCACGUUGUGAGCCGCUCACCAUCUCUACUAGGUGAUGAGCUAUGGAUGGUGUAUGAACAGUCGUUUCGAAAAAGGAAAGUGGCAGUUCUACUGGCACAGGGGUUGCGACUUGAGGCUAUCCGUGAGCUCAACGACUACUUGAAGAUCUUCCUGAAUGAUUCGGAAGCGUGGCUCCAAUUGUAA